AUGGCUGCAAGCAAAGACAAAAGCCCAUUUGGCCUCAAAGAGAGACUGGAUGCGUUUCUUGAGACAGAGAUUCAUGAUCGCGAAGAGUUCUGUAAUGUUCUAACUGACGUGUCAGACGACGAUCUAAAAAAUGGAAUUGUUGCCCUCUGCACCGAACUCCCUUCGCUCGACCAUGUUGAAGUCGAGCGAGCCGCCGAAGUAGCAAGGCAUGCAAAACACUACUAUUUCCUGUCUAAAGAAGCGACCAACAACAACCCCCUUGUCAUCAAUCUUACACCAGAUGAGAAAAGCAAUCUCGUAUCAGAAAGAGAGCGACUCUUCAGUCAAAGGGGGAUGCUCAGCAUCAUCAGCACUGUAUCACUCGCUGCCUUCCUCCAGGGCCACGUCCAAUCAUCCAUCAAUGCCAUGAGCCUCUUUGUCGAGACCGUUGGUAUUAACAUCGAAAGCCAAGAUGAAACGCAAGGAAACGGCGCCGACAACAUGGCCCAAUGGAAACUUGGAGCCAUGAAUGCGAUUCCCUUCCUCACGGCUGCAUUCCCUGGCACUGUUCUAUCACUGCCUGUCAAUUACUGCCUCGGUCGACGAGGAGCGCUCGGCCUUUCGGCACUUCUCAUCAUUGCAAGCUCAAUUGGAUCUGGGUUUGCGCAUACAUGGCAGCAGGUUCUUGGUGCCAGAGUUGUGGGAGGAAUAGCUAUGGGUAUUAAGGCAGUCAGUGCCCCCAUCCUCGCCUCUGAGACAGCUGUCGGAUAUUGGAGAGGCUCUACGAUCCUGGCCUGGCAGCUCUGGGUCGCUUGUGGCAUUAUGAUAGGCUUUGUUGCCAACUUCGUUAUUGCCGCUGCCACCAACACUCUAGACGGACAUCCUAAUGCAGAGACUAAUCAACACGGCGGUAGAUACUACGCUCUCCAAUGGAUUGCUGCGGCUCCCGCUGUCCCGUCUCUCUUGCUUUUCAUUGCUGUCUGCUAUUGUUACGAGAGCCCUCGUUUCUACAUGCGACCCGAUUCACCUAAUUACGACCUUGAUCGCGCCUUCAAGAUUCUACUACAAGUCCGAAAGACAAGACUCCAGGCUACGCGUGAUCUGUUUCUGAUAUGGUGGUCCAAUCAGAACGAGUCAAAUGAUGAUGGUUCUGGUAACAGAAGAACUCAGAGCUCCGGCUUGACAUAUUCAUCACUCAUUGUGUAUGUACUGCAGCUCUCAGCGGAUCAGUUCAAGCCCUUGUUUACCAAGCGGCGGCUGAGAAAUGCCCUCUGGAGUAGCUGUACUGUUGCUCUUGCACAGCAACUCUGUGGAAUCAACGUGUUCGCAUUCUACUCAAAUGGAAUCUUUAGCGACUGGGGCGUCAAAACGAGUAUGGGCUACAGCUUUGGCUUUGGUUGUGUCAACUUUCUCUUUGGAUUACUGGCCAUGAGGUCCAUUGACAUUAUCGGGCGACGGCGCUGGCUACUGUCAACACUGCCUCUCAUGAGUCUCUUCCUUAUGGCAGCAACAGUCGCAUAUGCGGUAGGACCUCAGGACUCCACAGGAGACCAACCCAAGCCUGUAGCAAAUACUUCGGCUGCAAUCGCCGGUAUUAUCUUCAUAUACCUGUUCGCUGCUGCUUACAGUCCGGGUUUGGGACCCAUCCCGUUUACACUGGCAUCUGAGAGCUUUCCUUUGAAGAACCGAGAGGCCGGCACGUCGGUCGCAAUCUCUAUCAACCUAUUUUUCGCGGGCCUUUUAACUAUCCUCCUCCCCAGAAUUAAUGCGCAGUUCAAGAUGGCCGGCACCCUAGGAUUCUUUGCAGGACUUAACAUUGUUGCCUUUGUGCUUAUCUUCCUCUUUGUAGAAGAGACUAAACAACUUAGUCUCGAAGAACUGGACAAGGUGUUUGAUAGGCCCAAGCGUCAAUUUGUAAAGGAGCGAAUUGCCAAGCGUGUUCCGUUUGUUUUCCAACAGAAUGAGCUGGCCAGAGAUGUCAAGGGAUAUCAUAGCUAUGAUGUAAUUCCGCUUGAGAACCGAGAGACAAGGGUCUGA